AUGGACCACUUCAGCUCCAGGGACACGGCCAUGAAGGUCCAGAAAAAGAUCCUGAGCAGCAUGGCCAACAAGACUUCGGUCCAGAUGUUUAUCGACGACACCACCAGCGAGAUCCUGGACGAGCUCUACCGUGUCUCCAAGGAGUAUUCGGGCAACAAGUCGGAAGCCCAUAAGGUGGUCAAGGACCUGAUCAAGAUUGCCGUUAAAAUCGGCGUCCUGUUCCGCAACAACCGCUUCAGCACCGAGGAACUGGCAAUGGCGCAGGACUUCAAAAAGAAACUGCACCAGGGUGCCAUGACCGCCAUCAGCUUUUACGAGGUGGACUUCACCUUCGACAAAACGGUGAUGUCCGAAAUCCUGUCGGGUUGCCGGGACCUCCUGUUGAAGCUAGUCAACAACCACCUGACGCCCAAAUCCCACGGACGCAUCAACCACGUGUUCAACCAUUACGCCGACCCCGAGCUGCUCACCCGGCUCUACCAGCCCGACGGGCCCUUCCGGGACAACCUGGGCCGCAUCUGCAAGGGACUCAACAAGCUGAUAGAAGACGGGACAAUAUGA